AUGCCUCUGAUACGGAGGAAAAAAUCGGUCAUGGCUUCGCCGACCCGGUCGGACGACUCGGACCGCCGUCGCAGCCCGUCGCACGACACGCUCGCGCCUACCACGGUGCUGUUCAAGGAGUCGGACAAGGACAAGCUGAGCAGAAGUAACACCGACGAGGUCAAUGUCGCGGUUCCGACCAUCUCUCUGACGUCUCCGGACGGCCGUCGCAGCGCCAGCGCCAGCAGAACUACUUCGACAUCCACACUCACCAACUUGGGCCACACUUUGAGACGGACCGUGAGUCCCAGUAAGGCUGCUCCGGAAGAGACUAAGGAGAAAGACUCCAAGGACAAGGACCGGGAGCGGUCGUUUUCGCUAGGAUUCAACAAAAAGAAGGACGCCGACGGACCACGUGGCCGCCUACAAUUCAGGUCCAACUCGUCCUCCACCGUGGCAUCUCUGCUGGGCUUUGCCAAGUUCAGAAAGGACAAGGAGGAAGGCUCCGGCACACCGUCCAGAUCCCAGACCCCGACACAGACUUCGACUCAAACACAACAACCAACGCCACCCACGACACAAUCGCCGCCAUCGACAGCUGCAGCGGGCACACAACUGCCACCGAUUCCAACCCUGCAGGCUGGAGGCAGCUCACUACUAUCAGACACGGACAGCGACAAUGACUCGGAAAGCAGUCACCGACGAGGUGUUAGCGUGAGCUCUGCCACCGGCUCAAUGGCCCAGUUGGGUGCACACAACUACGCCCAAUGGAGUCAGUCCCUGAAGACCAUGGGUGCGCACAGCACAGGAGGAAGCGGAGGAGCCAGCGCAACAAGUACUGGAGCCAGCAACCACAGUGGUGGCGUACUGGGUGGUCCUACUGUUCAUAGUGCACCGCCCACGCGAAGUAGUACAGGGUCUGUUACUGCUUUGUUGGAGGAGGAACCUACGAAAACUACUACCCGACGACCCAGUACCCCCAACCUGAGCAGUAAUGGCUCAUCGCUGAUGCCCCCGCCUCCUCCCACAGGUUUCGCACGAUUCCGUCGAAAAACAGCGUCCAUGCUGUUCAACUCGGAUGAUGAGGAGCCCGCCAGACCACCAGUAUUCCGGUCUCUUUCCUCCCAGUCUAUUAGAGGAGAUCGCCAAAAGGAAGAACGACAGAAGGAGGCACAGAAGGAGGCACAGAAGGAAAAGGACGACAAGGAGGGCGGUAGUGGAGGUAGUGUCGGCGGCUCUGGAGGCCUGGACUCCUCAGUCCAAUCUCUGGAGAAACCCAGAUCGGAGUCUGUAUCCGCAGUCUCCGCAGCAUCAGGGACCUCAUCGACCUCCAACCAGUUCCUCACGACACCCUCGUCUUCCACCUUCCCCAACUCUCCCUCUCUCUCGUUCCAGGACCUGCCCUUUUCUUCCCGACCUCGAAGCAAAACCAUGCCUACUAGUGGCGGUCCUCCCAGCGGUGCGACCUCUGAGAAGGUGCUUGAUUCGUCCAAGUCAGCGUCUUACUCGCCUAGAGAGUCCGUGGAAGACAUCCAACUACCCCCAAUCAACGACCGGACGCCUAAGGAGUACAUGGCCGCGAUUCGACAGCUCAACAUGCAUGGCCAGACGGCCGCUCUGCUGUGCUCUCGCGACUCAGACUUUUACCGCGAGUGCAUGGCUAUUUACUCUUCCGAGUUUGACUUCACCACGGAUCCUAUCGACAUGGCUCUGAGAAAGUUUCUCAUGUAUGUGGUGCUCCCCAAGGAGGCCCAGCAGAUUGACCGGAUUCUGGACGCGUUUGCGACCCGGUACGACGAGUGUAACCCAGGUAUUUAUGCCGAUGCUGAACUGGCUUAUGUGGUUGCUUUCUCUCUUAUGAUCCUGCACACGGACUCCUUCAACAAGAGUAAUAAGCACAAGAUGCAGAAGAGCGACUACAUCAACAACACAUUUGCAGAAGGUGUUUCACCAGACAUUCUGGAGUGCUUCUACGACAACAUUACAUACACACCGUUUGUACACACCGAGGAGGAGCCUGGCCACGACAAGAAGACACUCGUGGCGCAAAAGAAGACGUCGUCGUUCAACAUUCGAAGCGACAAGAAUCUGAUUGACCCCUAUGCUCUGAUUCUGGAGGGCAAGCUAGACUCUAUUAGACCAUCUCUGGAUGACGCCCUGUCUCAGGACUGCCCUUACUCGUAUGAGGCCCCUGAGUCACGUGAUGCUUUCCAUGCCGUGCGUCUCGCCUUUAGCAACGGUGCGUCUCUCCAAUUGACAUCUUCCCGGUCUCGUCCCGGAGCGUUUCUUUCUCAGGAUACCACUGACAACCCACUUAUGGCGGACCCUGGUGUUAUUGAUAUCAAGAUCGCCAAGGUUGGUAUUCUAUUUCGAAAGGAGCAAAAGCGGGUUCUUUCUACCGCUCGGUCGAUUUGGAAGGAGUGGGGUGCUAUUCUGACUGCGUCUCAACUGUAUCUCUUUAAGGAGACGCAGUGGAUCAAAAGUAUUUUGAAGGAUCUGGAAGCUGGGCGUCACGUGAUUUCAGCCAACGACCAGUUCCAUCCCACAAUCACUCUUUCCACUACCGGAAUGGUUGCUCUUCGGAACUCAUCCACCUCCGCGCCUCCCAAGACUUCACGAAAGGUCCCGUUUGUGCUUUCUGCAAAGUCUUUGGGUCAAGAGUGGAUCGCUGCGGCUUCCGAGACUGACACAGCCGAGUGGACGCAUUUGAUCAACUACUCGGCUGCUUUUGCGAGCCACAGUAUAAAUCCCAACCCUGGUACUGGGUUGAACUCCUCUUUGACGGCCGCCUUGUCACAGGACAUUCAUACGUCCCGACGACUGGCAAUGGUGGAUGCCCUCCAUACACUCGAAGAGAAGGUUGGAGCUGUAGAGAUUGAGGUGGACGGGCUUCUCCGUAAUGCUCGGCAUCUCAAACUCAUGGCCCCCAUUCAACAGCGAACUCGAUACCAUGUCAACUUCUGCGCUGCCCGGUUGUCUGCCAAACUCGACUGGCAGUGGCUUGAUUUGACGAAGUACCAGAGUUACCGACUAGUGUUGACCAAGGAGCUGGAGGAGGAGCAGGAGUGGCAGUUGACUGGCGGUGCUGAGACUGCCGAAGAGGCCGAUAUGGAAGAGACCAAGUUGGAGCCCACUCAGUCGACCACGACCACUCUUUCAAUUGCAUCUUCUUCUUCGGCUGUUUUGUCUGGCUUCCCUAAGAUGGAGAUCACAACCACCAGUAGCGAGGACGAUGAUGGUGAUUCGGACGAGUCCCAGCAAACCAAUGACUCGUUCAUUUCGUCUCUUUCGCCUUCACAGGCUCUCUCUUCUCCUUCUCAGGGAGUCGAUUUAUCUCCUUCGCAGCCCUCUAUCGACUCUGCCGAGUUUGAGGGCUUUGAGGAGUGUCUGCCCGUCAAGAGUGGUCGAAACAGCUUUUUGUCUACUACCACAGCUAUUCCUCGGCCGGAUUCGUCUCUCUCGUCUCGUUCUUCUCUUCAGCCCACUGUUUCUAACGGUUCCAAGCAGGAUCGGUUUUAUGAGGUUCGAGAAAGCAUUCUGAGAGACACCGCCCCGAGUGAUCGGUCUGAUGGUGAUACUAGGUCGUCGUCGCUGGAUCUGCCCAGAAAGGCGUCUCGGUCUUUAUCUCUGAGCAGAUCAUCUGGUGAUCUCCGUUCAGGUGAGAAUAGUCCUCUCAAACCGUCCAUGAGUGUUCGGAAGCUGCGAACCGGUCUUCGAAACGGCUCAGAUUCCCCCGGACGGGAAGUUUCGCCUGUUCGAGCUGAUAAUCCGUCCAUUGAGCGAUCGUCGUCGCUGCUCAGAGGCUCGGACUUUACUUUGCACGGUAAAAAGUUUUCUGUUGUCGAGGUCAAUCCCCAAUUUGCCGCCACUCCCCACCAUAAGAGAACCACCAGCAGGAGUGAGCGCAAGGAGGAGAAGAAGGGGGAGAGUGAGCCCUAG